UUUAGAUAAGUAGGUAAACACACAUCCGUGACUGCGAGCGCGCACUGGGUCAUCUGGGGUGUUUGCGGGCUCGUGCACACUGCCAUCGCGUUAUUAAAAGAAUUCGUAUUAAUUCCGGGACUUAAAACAUUUAAUGAAGUUCACCAUGGCGAUAUAAAGUUUAAUUUCUGAGAAACUUUAUGAAACAUCGGAGGAGAUUGUCGAGUUCAUCUGCGCUCGUUUCUAAAGAGAUGUCAGUGUUGUGAUGGCUCCGCCCCAAAGGAGGCGUUCUUUCGGCCCCGUCUCACCCAAACGCAUCUACAGGAGUCUGUCCGUCAAACUAAGGGGCGGAGCUUCCCACGAUGAGGCAGAGCAUUCUGAUUGGAGGAGGCGGCUGAGCAAAGGACCAGCUGAUUACUCGUGUCUGUGGGACGCUCUGGAGAGUGAAGACACACUCGCCGUGCAGCACCUGUUAUCCAGAGAGACAGAGACGGGUGGAGGACAGACAGACAGACGAGUGAAUGCCGUCAGUGAGCUCGGCCUGGUGCCGCUGGACGUGGCCGCUCUUACCCAUAAUGCCUCACUGCUGAAUGUGCUGGUGAAGGCCGGAGCAAAACACAACCCCAACUUGAGCUCGUCCUCUGAUUGGUCGCUGAAGCUGGAUGAGCUGGUGUCAUUGGCCGAGCAGAAGCUGGAGGAGUGGAGGGCGGAGCUUCAGCUCAGAGAGAAGGCGGAGCUUCAGUCACUGACAGAUGCGCAGAAGAACGUCGAGCUCUGGACGCGCCGCUGUGAACUUUACCAUCGCAUGAGAGAGAGAUUCCACACAACAGCUCUGCCCGGGCCGCCCGCUAGCGCCGCCCUGCUGGUGAUGGGCGACAGCUGUCUGUGUGUACGUGUCAGAGAGCCCUGCGGUCAGACACACGGCCUCAUCACCAGAUACAGAGUUGAAUGGAGUUCUUCAGCUACUUUUCAUCCUCUGUGUGGCACUGGAUUCAUCACUGACAGCAGAAACACAGAGUUCAGCAUCACGGGACUAAAGACUGGUGUGCAGUAUUUCGUGCGGGUCAGUGCAUAUAACAUCAGAGGCUGGGGUGUGUUUGUGAGCAGCAGCCCGCCGUGUGUCGCCCCCUCCAGCUGGAGCUCAUGCAGCGGCGUGACGGUGAGACGCAGGAAUCAGGCCGCGGCCGUCAGGAGGAUCUCACAGCAGAUCAGAGAGCCUGAGAUCAUCACCGAAAACAGCAGUUCUGUGAAGAGAGCAUCCGUGUCUCGCGGUCUGAAGCAUCUCUUUCACUCCAGCAGAUUUGUUCGUCUGUUACAGAGAGGUGUGUACCUGGCGUGUGUCUUCUAUCAGAAGGACUAUGUUCUGGUCUCGUGUGACGAGCGGCUCCCUCUGGUGGAGGUCCAGUGCUGCUCCGCCUCCGUCACGCAGGACUUCCUGUGGUUCACUAAGCUGUCGUGCGCGUGGACGCAGGUGUCGUUUCUGCAGCAGGUGCUGUCGUCUUCAUCGCUCUCCUCAUCUUCAUCGCUGUUGCAGAACAGACUCAGUUUCCUGCGAGCCGUCGCACAGCUGCAGGCAUCAGUGGGGUGUGUGGAUCUAGGGCAGGUGUACUUCGAGCCUCUGAAGGACAGGCAGGGUAACGUUCUGCUGGUGACCCUGAGAGAGGUCACGACCCCUCUGACCCCGUCUGACCCUCCACUGCACUGGGUUCCUGUCAGCAGACUGGAGAAAAACCAGAUCCAGACGCCACUGCUGCCCGAACCCACCGCCGUAGAGCUGCUGACCGACAGACUCAAGGAGACGAUGGCGUAUCACCACAGGAGUCAGCAGAGAGCUCAGUGCGGUCUGUAUGUGGGCGUCCUGAAGCUCUGCAGCUCCGUCAAUCAGCUGCGCGUCCUGGUCUCUCAGCGAUUACCCAACAUGCCCUACAGCUGCCGCGUCAGGAACUGGCCGCACGUCUCACGGGAGGAGUGGGCGUGGCUACAGAGGCACGCUGUGGGCGGAGCCUGUGGGAGUGGCAGUCGGGAGGGCGGGGAUGACGCUGUGAUUGACAGCUCAGGUGUUGAGGACUUCGUGAAGGCACUGAGAUCUGCGGUGAUUCAGCUGCUGACCAAACUCAACGUCCCACUGGAGCGGGCAUGUGAUUACCGCGUGUACACGCAGGAGCUGCUGCAGGCGGGCGAUCAGGUGACUCUGCUGCUGCUGCUGCCGCCCAGUGAGGAUCUGAGUUGCCGCCGGUGGCCAGGAGAGGGCGACCUGGAGCCGCACGGCCUCACUGUACCACUGCACAUCUUUGAGCUCGUGCACCUGUGGGCGUACGAGCCGGACCUCCUGUCUCAGUUCUGUCAGCUGUGGAUCCGGCUGGAGCUGGAUGUCCGUCUUUCCCAACAGGCUUUGAGAGAGGCGCUGGACAGCAGCGAGGUGACGGAGGCCACGGAGAGACUCGCUCACGUCACGCAGCUCGCACAGAGUCUGUCUGCGCUGUGGAGAGAGAGCCGCUGGCUGAUGGAUGUCAUUCACACGCUGAGAUCCAAGAGCUCUGAGGGGGCGGUGCCUCUGGGACGGGUCAUGACCUCCCGAGCACCAAUCAGAUCAGACGCUGCUGAAGACACGCCUCCUGCACACACACUCAUCACAGCAGAGGGUGACAGUCCGUCCUUCUCUCAACAACCUGAAGGGUCAAAGGUCACACACGGGGUCACGUGUUCAGAGACGCCCACCUCACACUACACCAGUGAGCCCUGUUCCCAUGAAAACGGCCUGAUGUAUUCUGGUCCUGAGGUGUCCACGCCACCCGCCUCACAUCCCGUGAUCCCUGCGGCUGAAGGUCAUGACCUUCCAUCGGAGAUGAUGGACCUGUUCGAGAGUCUGGAUCUGCUGGGAGGGAGUCUGUCAGACCUGCAGGAUCUGGAUUUGAUGGAUCCAGAGCCGGGCCUGUCGGAAAGUCCCGAUGACGUCGCCGCUCCGCUCUCGAGCCGCACGGGACAUCCUGUCAGGAGUCUGGUGGAGUGGGUCAAAGGUCAUCAAACUCACUGAUGGAGACGAUGAACAGUCACAAUCACCUCAUCUCAAACAGAAGUGCAACAAAAAAUAUAUAUAAUAUAUAUUUAAUAAUAUUAUUAUGAAAGAAUAUUUUUAUUAAAUAUAUUUAUAAAUAUUUGUGCUCUCUCUACAUAUAUAAUAUAUGACUGGACUUUGUAUUUACUGUAUAUUUAUAUUGAUAUAGAUGUAGGUCUGUUUGUAUCUCAUGAAGUCUGUUUUGUUAAAUGAAUAAAUGCACAUUUUCGGCAUGAACAGAUCUUGAAAACAAACAA